UACACUUGUUUAAACAUUUCCUGAUAUUCGGUUCAACGGUUCUGCUCAUUCUUUUCGGAUCUUCAACAUUUUUCACUCCAAAUUUUUUCUCUCUCAAAACAAAUCAAAACAGGUGUGAGAGAAGGAAACUCUGGAACUCUCGAGGCAUCGGAUAAGAGCGCAAUGGCGGCAGGUGGAUUUGUGAGCCGAGCAUUCGAGUCGAUGCUCAAGGAAUGUGCCGGCAAGAAGUAUAACGAUCUUCAAAAGGCUAUUCAGACUUAUUUAGAUAGUCCAAGGCAAACGAAUCAACUUUCUUCAUCUAGUGAGACAAAUCAAGCAGCAUCAAUGGCUGGAGAUGGAAGUUCCCUUGAGACUGAAACUGGGGCUGGAAAUUCUGGAGCAGAACCUGAUGGAUCAAGUACAGUUUCACAAAGUGCUGGGGAAACAGAGCAUGUUAGUAAGCCAACUGUUGUAAGUGGAACCAUCACAACUGCCUUAGCAAAUGCAGGAUACACCUUGGAAGGGGCUGAGGUGGAACUUGUUCUGAAUCCUCUUCGACUUGCAUUUGAGACAAAAAACUUGAAAAUCCUUGAACCUGCUUUGGAUUGUCUUCAUAAACUAAUUGCCUAUGAUCAUUUGGAGGGGGAUCCUGGUUUAGAUGGUGGUAAAAACGUUCCUCUGUUUACAGACAUUUUGAAUAUGGUUUGCAGCUGUGUUGAUAAUUCUUCUCCUGACAGUACAAUCCUGCAAGUGCUGAAGGUACUUCUUACGGCUGUAGCAUCCACAAAGUUCAGAGUCCAUGGGGAACCUUUGCUUGGAGUUAUCAGAGUCUGCUACAAUAUUGCUCUUCAUAGCAAGAGCCCUAUAAACCAAGCGACAUCAAAGGCAAUGUUGACACAGAUGAUUAGCAUCAUAUUUAGGAGAAUGGAGGUUGAUCCGGUCUCUACUUCAUCUGGUUCUUCUGAUGAUAUUGAAGCUGCUUCUUCAGAGAAUUCUACCUCAAAACCUGUAGAAGCUUCUUCAGGUGAACAAAAUGAAAAUGAAAUGACUUUAGGGGAUGCACUUUACCGGGUCAAGGAUGCUACACUUGCAUCUGUUGAGGAACUUCAAAACCUUGCUGGCGGUGCUGAUAUCAAGGGUUUAGAGGCUGCUCUUGACAAAGUUGUGCAUGUUGAGGAUGGUAAAAAGAUCACAAGAGGGAUUGACCUUGAGAGCAUGAGUAUUGGUAAACGUGAUGCAUUACUAGUAUUCCGCACCCUUUGCAAGAUGGGUAUGAAGGAAGAUACUGAUGAGGUCACAACCAAGACACGGAUUCUGUCUCUUGAACUUCUGCAGGGUCUAUUGGAAGGGGUUGGCCAUUCAUUUACCAAGAACUUCCAUUUCAUUGAUUCAGUGAAAGCAUAUCUAUCAUAUGCUUUGCUGCGAGCUUCAGUUUCACAGUCUCCUGUCUUAUUUCAGUAUGCUACUGGGAUAUUUGCUGUGCUUUUGUUGCGAUUCAGGGAGAGUCUUAAAGGUGAAAUUGGUGUCUUCUUCCCCUUGAUUGUUUUGCGGUCAUUGGAUAGUUCGGACUUCCCCAUCAACCAAAAAAUGAGUGUUCUUCGGAUACUAGAGAAAGUUUGCAAGGAGCCCCAGAUGCUUGUUGAUGUUUAUGUGAAUUAUGACUGUGAUCUUGAGGCACCAAACUUGUUUGAACGGAUGGUUACCACAUUGUCUAAAAUAGCUCAAGGGACACAAAAUGCUGACCCAAACUCUGUUGCUGUCACUCAGACAACAUCAAUUAGGGGUUCCUCACUCCAGUGCCUUGUCAACGUUCUAAAAUCACUGGUUGAUUGGGAGAAAUCUCGAAGACAACCAGAAAGGAAGAGGGGAGGCAGCCAGUCUGUUGAAGAAGAUUAUGCUAGAGAAUCUGUUGAGAUAAAAAUCAGGGAAGAUGUUACCAGUAACUUUGAGAAGGCAAAAGCUCAUAAAUCUACCAUGGAAGCUGCCAUCUCUGAGUUCAAUAGGCAACCAGUGAAGGGUGUUGGGUAUCUGAUAUCAAAUAAAUUGGUGGAAAAUAAUCCUGCUUCAGUUGCCCUAUUUCUAAGAAAUACUCCCAGUCUGGACAAGGCAAUGAUUGGUGAUUAUUUGGGUCAACAUGAGGAGUUUCCCCUUGCUGUUAUGCAUGCUUAUGUAGAUUCAAUAACAUUUUCAGGAAUGAAGUUUGAUACUGCAAUACGUGAAUUUCUUAAAGGAUUCCGUCUUCCUGGGGAGGCUCAAAAGAUAGAUCGCAUCAUGGAAAAGUUUGCAGAAAGGUAUUGUGCUGAUAAUCCAGGUCUUUUCAAGAACGCAGACACUGCAUAUGUUCUUGCAUAUGCAGUUAUAAUGCUGAAUACUGAUGCCCAUAACCCCAUGGUCUGGCCAAAAAUGUCAAAGUCAGAUUUUAUACGUAUGAAUGCCACGAAUGAUCCUGAAGAGUGUGCCCCUAUCGAACUUCUGGAAGAGAUCUAUGAUUCUAUUGUUAAAGAAGAGAUAAAAAUGAAAGAUGAUGCAGCUGGCAUUGGGAAAGGUAGCAGGCAAAAGCCAGAAGGUGAAGAGAGAGGCCGCCUAGUUAGUAUCCUAAAUCUGGCUCUCCCUAAAACUAAGCCGGCAACUGAUGCUAAGUCUGAAAGUGAAGCAAUAAUUAAGCAGACACAGGCUAUUAUCCGGAACCAAGGGGCAAAAAGAGGAGUUUUUUAUACUGCACAAGAGAUUGAACUUGUAAGGCCCAUGGUUGAAGCUGUAGGAUGGCCGUUGCUGGCUACUUUCUCUGUUACAAUGGAGGAAGGUGAAAAUAAGCCGAGGGUUGUCCUUUGUAUGGAAGGAUUUAGAGCUGGGAUACAUAUUACCUAUGUCCUUGGAAUGGAUACAAUGCGCUAUGCCUUUUUAACAUCUCUAGUCAGGUUUACUUUCUUGCAUGCCCCAAAGGAAAUGCGUAGUAAAAAUGUGGAAGCAUUACGGACUCUAUUGGUUUUAUGCGAGUUAGAACCAGACUCUCUUCAGGACACAUGGAAUGCUGUUCUCGAAUGUGUUUCUCGGCUUGAAUUUAUUACGUCAACUCCUGCUAUUGCUGCAACUGUCAUGCAUGGAUCAAAUCAGAUCUCCAAGGAUGCUGUUGUGCAGUCACUGAAAGAAUUAGCUGGGAAACCUGCUGAACAGGUUUUUGUGAAUAGUGAAAAAUUGCCUAGUGAUUCUGUUGUGGAGUUCUUCACUGCUCUCUGUGGUGUAUCAGCAGAAGAACUAAAACAAACUCCAGCUCGUGUUUUCAGCUUGCAAAAGCUCGUUGAGAUCAGUUAUUACAAUAUUGCUCGUAUACGAAUGGUCUGGGCUAGAAUAUGGACUGUCCUCGCAAAUCAUUUUAUUUCUGCUGGCAGCCAUGCUGAUGAAAAAAUUGCUAUGUAUGCGAUAGAUUCUUUGAGGCAGCUUGGUAUGAAGUAUUUGGAGCGUGCUGAACUGACCAAUUUUACUUUCCAAAAUGAUAUUCUUAAACCUUUUGUUGUUCUCAUGCGGAAUAGUCGAAGUGCAACCAUAAGGAGCCUUAUUGUUGACUGCAUUGUUCAAAUGAUAAAGUCAAAGGUUGGAAGCAUAAAGUCUGGAUGGCGAAGUGUUUUUAUGAUUUUCACUGCUGCUGCAGAUGAUGAUUUGGAAUCAAUUGUUGAAAGUGCAUUUGAGAACGUGGAACAGGUUAUACUAGAGCACUUUGAACAAGUUGUUGGAGAUUGUUUUAUGGACUGCGUCAACUGUCUUAUUAGGUUUGCCAACAAUAAAACUUCCCACCGCAUAAGUUUGAAGGCCGUUGCCCUUCUCCGUAUAUGUGAAGAUCGUCUAGCAGAGGGACGUAUACCUGGUGGGGCUCUGAAACCCAUUGAUGUUGAUGCUGACGCAGCAUUUGAUGUAACUGAGCAUUAUUGGUUCCCAAUGCUGGCUGGUUUGUCUGAUCUGACAUCAGAUUCAAGACCAGAGGUUAGGAGUUGUGCGCUUGAAGUUUUGUUUGAUUUGCUGAAUGAAAGAGGUAGCAAGUUCUCAACACCAUUUUGGGAGAGUAUUUUCCAUCGCGUAUUGUUUCCCAUAUUUGAUCAUGUGAGACAUGCUGGAAAGGAGAGCCUAAUUUCUUCUGGAGAUGAGUGGCUUCGUGAAAGCAGCAUUCAUUCACUUCAGUUGCUGUGCAACCUUUUCAACACUUUUUACAAGGAGGUGUGCUUUAUGCUGCCCCCACUCUUGAGUUUGCUGUUGGAUUGUGCUAAAAAGACAGAUCAGACAGUGGUUUCAAUUUCUCUUGGUGCCUUGGUGCAUCUCAUAGAGGUUGGAGGACACCAAUUUAGUGAGAACGACUGGGAUAUGUUGUUGAAGAGCAUAAGAGAUGCAUCAUACACAACACAACCGCUUGAGCUACUCAAUGCUUUAGCACUAGAGAAUCCAUCGAACUCCUCAAUUUUAAUAAGAGAUUUAAAGGUUCAUACAGGUGGUGAAGUUUACCAAAUUGAUUCUACUGAUAAUGGGAAGAUUUCACCACUUUCAUCCCCGAGUGUUGGUAUUGAUAGCAGCACAAGGACUACUAAUUCAUCUGUUUCACAAUAUCACAAUCAAGAAUCUGGCUUACAAUCUAUUCCUGAUGGAUCUGAAGGUUUUCCCUCGCCAUCAGGUAGAUCUCAGAAGUCUGCUGAAGCUGGGGGUCUCCAACGAAGUCAAACUAUAGGUCAAAGGAUCAUGGGGAAUAUGAUGGAUAACCUAUUUCUCAGAAGUCUUACCUCAAAACCAAAGAGUCGUGCAUCAGAGAUUCCAGUUCCAUCUUCACCACCCAAGCUUCCUGAGGUUGUUGAGCCUGAAGCCAAAGAUGAGGAAAGUCCACUGAUGGCAACUGUUAGGGGCAAGUGCAUCACUCAAUUAUUACUUCUUGGUGCUAUUGAGAGCAUUCAGAAAAAAUACUGGGAUAAUUUGAAAGCAGCUCAGAAGAUUGCUGUAAUGGACAUUUUAUUAUCCUUAGUAGAGUUUGCUGCUUCAUAUAAUUCAUAUUCUAACCUGAGAACACGUAUGCACCACAUUCCUGAAGAAAGGCCUCCUCUAAAUCUUCUUCGCCAGGAGUUAGCAGGAACUUGCAUUUAUCUGGAUGUCUUGCAAAAAACAACUUCAGGAUUUAAUGAUAAUAAUGGGCAACAUCGAGAACAUAAUCGUUCUCAGGACAUGGAUGUUUCUUCAGACAACAACAGGUCAAGAUUGGCUGAACAUUCUUAUGCAGAAACGAAAUUGGAAGGAAUAGCAGAAGAGAAGCUGGUGUCUUUCUGUGAACAGGUACUCAAGGAUGCAUCUGACCUCCAGUCUACAAUAGGGGAAACUUGUAAUGUGGAUAUUCAUCGGGUUCUGGAGUUGCGGUCUCCAAUCAUUGUUAAGGUGCUUAAAGGCAUGUGCUUCAUGAACAAUAAGAUUUUCAGGAAACACCUCAGGGAGUUCUAUCCUUUGCUUACGAAACUUGUUUGCUGUGACCAGAUGGAUGUUCGGGGAGCACUUGGUGAUCUUUUUAGAGUACAGUUGAAAGCUCUCUUACCAUGAGAGUUAUAACGGCUAUUUUGUUGAGCUGCUUUGAAGGACGAUUUUUAGCGGUUACUGCACAUUCCAUAGGACCAUAGUCAUGUAGUUAAAUAUUGACAUUAUAUUUUCUUCCAAUCUUCCAUUCCAUUUCCGAGUAGCACAGAAUUAAUACAAGGAGUUGUUUCAGAAAUGAACCGUCAUCUUUAUACCAGAGUUGCAAAUAGAAAACCACUUUGCAUCAAAAUUUUCUGUUAUAUAGGAGAAAUAUAUUUGAUUUUACACGUUAUCUGUUUUAAUCCAUCCUCUAUAUCUUUUUUUAUAUGCCCUUCCUCUUUAGGUGAAAGACAUUUUCUGCUGCAUUUUUAUUUGCGAACAUGAAAUUUUAGGAUUUUCACAUAAUCUACUCGUUGAGUUGGUAAAAAAUGUCUCCUAUGUUGUCAAUAAAUUGGCAACUCAUCUGUAAGUUGAAGAACAAUUUUCUUGAGUACUUCAUAUUUUCUUUUCUAAUUUGGUUAACCAUACGUUCUUGUUCAUAUAAGAAAAUUUUCAUAAUUGGCAGCAACUACUGUACAGUGUGAUCUUUGCUAAUUCUACCAGGACCAAAUGUGCACGUUGCAGGCAGUGGGUAAUAUAGCUACAGUUGUUGUGUUGAAUUGUCUGCUCUGGUUGUCAAAGCAUGAGUUUUUACAUCUUUCCUAGAACUUUUGAAGGGUGGGUGGUCUUAUGAUGUAGAGGUAAUGAAGUUGCAUCCAAUAGGAAGAGAAAGCGAAACCUUGAAUCAAAAGGUGGGACAGAGAAGCUUUGAG